ACUGUGGACAUUCACAUGCCUUUGACUAAGAAUUAAAUAUGCUUCUGAUCUGUUAGUAGCCAAUACGAUCUUUACAAACACAACUGCGAAAUGAGCACAUCCUGAAAAUGAGCAACUUGCACUUGUAUAGGCGGGUAGUUAACGCCUCCCUUUUUCUUAUUUCCGCUUCGAGCUCAUGCAGUUGCACAUAGUGGGAAGGGCGUUUUGCAUUUAUGUAUGCCGAUAACAGCACGAAAUUAUGUAAACCAAACAAGAUAUGAACAUUAAAAUCAUUCAAUUUUUAGAUGGUCUGAAAUUCAUAGAAACUGAACGUAUCUGAAAAUGACACAAGUAAGUGCCGGUUGCAAAAUAGAACCGUUCGACAUGUUUCAGCCAAAGCCAUUAAAGAGGUAUUCUCAUAAAACCUCAACCUUGAAAAUCAUUAAGAAACCCCCGUAUUGCUUUUUGCCGCUUUCGAGAGAUUAUGCGUAUAAUAAUGUUCGAGUUGUGGAAACCAAUUCACCAAUAGUACUUAGUAUUAAUCUAUAACUUUAUUAUAUCUAGUUCGGUCUUAUCGGUUUUUGCGAUCAAGAGCUUUGUUUUUUAUGUAAAUAGGCGUGUUAUCUAUCUUCUUCAUUUUUUUCGAUGCGCGUUAAGGAGCCCGUUAUAUUUAUUCUCUCAUUCAUACGUUUUUAUCAGCCAGUCGAUUCUGAAAGAGUCAUACAUAUAUUGUUUGUUGCAAGUGUCGGUGAGAGUUUGGUGACACUACACCAUGACCAUGGGCACCAGUCGAAUUCUGGACAUACCUUGCAAGGUUUGUCAAGACAACUCAUCCGGGAAACAUUACAACAUUUUUGCCUGCGAUGGCUGUGCAGGCUUUUUCAAGCGAUCGAUUCGCAGAGAUCGCAAAUACGUUUGCAAAAGCAAAAUUCCGGGUUCUUGCAAGAUCGACAAGGCUCACAGAAACCAAUGUCGGGCGUGCCGCCUACAAAAGUGCCAGGAUGCAGGAAUGAACAAAGAAGGUUGCUGCACCAUCUCUUCAUGCGAGAUCUCCGUCGAUUCCGGCUGCCCUGCCCAUGUCGCCUGACGAAAUAUGCGAAUCGGCAGCAAAUUUACUUUUCUUGGACUUGAAGUGGGCCGAAACCAUUCCACACUUUGCAAGCUUAUCAAGAAACGACCAAUUACUGAUGCUGGAGAGCAACUGGAAGGACCUGUUUAUUUUUGGAGUUAUUCAGUACCUUCCUGUAAUGGAUCUUACAGUGCUUAUCGAGCGAAGUGACGCAUUUAAGUCAGAAAAGGCGGCCGAGUUCGUGAAACACGUGCAAGAGUACCAAGAACUAGUGUUGCGAGCGAAAGAGCUCAGCUUAGACCCCAACGAGUUCUUCUAUCUGCGGCUGGUAGCUUUUUUUCGUGCCGGUCACACGAGUAGAGACAUUACUAAAAAGCUGGAAGAUGAGCAAUUUGUUCAAGCGUUUGCCAGUUCUGCUCAGACUAGCCUGAUCAAAUAUGUGGUCAUAACUCGACCAGACGAUCAACUCAGAAUCAGCAAAAUAUUUCAGUUGCUGUCCAAAAUCCAACUGAUCCCACCAGACGUUAUGACCGCAUUGUUCUUUCAGGCCUACGUUGGCAAAAUACCAAUAGCCGAUAUCAUCAAGAACAUGUAUGUUAAAGGCAAAGUGAAACUGGAAACCAGUUUAUGAAACUGGGUUGAAACGGUAUUUCGAAUCAAGAGGAGUUUGGUUGCUAUACCUACUUAUACCUACCUGAAUGGAAAUAGCAAGAGAACUGAUAUUUGUAAGAUAUGUUUCAAAUGUAAACAUUAAAAUCCUGUGCAUAAUAGUGUAAAUGUAAAAACAUUUGUAAAUAUAUUUCAAUCGAUUUUUUA